CUUGACAAGUUAACUGUGUCUUCCAGCGAUCCUGUGGAACGAUUGACGAGCUCCGUGACUGAUCACCACUGCUGCUUCGGAACAGCGACCUGUGCGAACAAAUUCCAAGGCCGCCGACCUUAUAAGUCACCUGUGCGACCUUCUUUCCUUCUCGUCUGCAAGGACCGAGACUCCCUGCAUCAUCGCCGUCGAGACUUCGUCUUCAGCAUCACCCACCGCAGCCGGAUCGAGGACGAUCCUGGUUAGAUGGCCGAGCGGCUUAAUGGCCUCUCUCCGCUACUCACCUUCGACUUCCCACGGUACACAGU